AUGAGGACCAUUCAUCUGUCCCGCCUAGGUGGGCGCGUCUUGGCGCUGGACUUGUCGGACGCGGACGUGGAAGAGCUGCGCAGCAGCAGGGACUUGAAGAAGCUUGUGGCCGCAGCUGACCCCAACCGACCUUGCGCCAGGUUAGUGCGCCUGGUUGGUAAGGACGGCGAGUUGAAGGAUGACGAGCCCAUCGACGCAGCCGACCUUGGGCCUGAUAGUGUUCUGCAGUACCUUCAAGUGUCCUGGAUGUCGGAACUGGAAGAAGUGCCGGCGCUUGCCGGGGAAACGAUUCCGGAAGGCGUGUGGCCAAAUGCUGAUGAACGACCAGAGCCUUGGACGCUCUUUGCCCCAGACCUGGCGGCGCUGUUGGAAGCUUGUUGUCAAAAGUGCGCCACAAACAGGAACUUCGACUCUAUGAAUCUCCUUGCAGAUGCUUGGCGGGAUGCUGUGCUGAACCUGUCAAUCGAUGCAGUGUGUUCAGAAAUGCCAAGCUUGCUGAAGAACAUGCUCGCUUUCUCAGGCCCGAAAUGGAGAUGGGAAUCGAGCCCGUUUCAAGAAACCAUCUGGGAAGUUGUUCCACUCUUGCAACCUGACACAGUCCAGCGCGCCUUGCUGACUGCCGACACAGAGACUAUGAAGAUCAUCUGGGAAAGCGUGCGCACGAAAUUUCCCCAACGCCACCGCCGCUCUACAGUAGGUAUGUACGGAGCUGACGACUCAGCCCGUUGCAUCGCUGAGCUCAUCAGCAAAGGCCUUCCGCGAUGGUGCUGGGCUGGCCACAUGCCACCGUUUAACGACAACCUGCUUCAAUACAUACUGGAACCCACUGACUGGCAGCACAUACGCGACAAAGACAAAGACCAAGCAAGGAUCUGCAUUUUAGUAGCCGAGCGUCUUACGCUUGAAGAGCUGUGCCACUUAAACGAUGAUGGGCGUUCGGCACUGAGCUAUGCUGUAGAGUUUGCAGAGAAAAGCGUUGUGGAGAGUUGCUGGAUGCAGGUCCGGGAUGUGAUCAAACGGCAGAUGAUCCUGUGCUUUAGGGAGGAAACAGUCCCUGUGCCGAAGCUAAGAUCAAUCCUCGCCCAGAUGUACAGGGAGUGGUGGGAUUUUUGUGAGGAUGACGAGCUUCAUUUUCGUGAAGUGGUGGCUGCGUUCGAAGAGCAUCUGCGAGAGCUUACCACGCAGGAUGCCCGUGCUCCGGGCGACCUGGCAGGGACAUGGAGCAGCGCUUCUUGUGACGGCGCUUGGAAUUGGGCCCAAAGAGGCUCUUGGUGGAGCUCGGACUCUUGGCAGGGUAUGUGA